GAAUUCCUCUGAUUCAUCUGCUCUGCUAAAAGCUGAUCUCAGAUCUGCCGGUAACUCUUUCACUACUUUGAGCUGCUUCUUGUUCCGGCCAAUAAGGCGCGAAGUUAUUCAGCCCAGCUUCAGCUACACGUGGAAUUGUCUGUUCAAACUUGCGCAGGAGCUUUCAUACAAUACAAAACAAUGGCAGAAAAACCGAUGUGGGAGCAAAUCGGCACUGGAUUCGUGCAACACUAUUAUCAGCAGUUUGAUACAGACCGCGUGAAGCUCGCCGACCUGUAUACCGAUGCUUCCUGUUUGACAUGGGAAGGGGAGGGAUUUCAAGGGAAAGCUGCAAUCAUGACCAAAUUAAAUAGCCUUCCCUUUCAGACCAUUCAGCACAGCAUCACCGCUCAGGACCAUCACCCCACUCCAGAUAGCUGUGUCAUGAGUAUGGUCAUGGGCCAGCUCAAAGCUGAUCAGGACCAAGUCAUGGGCUUUCAGCAGGUCUUCUUGCUGAAGAAUGUAGAUAACAAAUGGGUCUGCACCAACGACAUGUUCCGAUUAGCUCUUCAUAACUUUGGAGCAUAGUUUUGUAGUAUUUACAGUCCAUGCAACUUUUGUAUCCGGAGUAUGGUUACACAUUUCACAUUCUGAACUGGUUUCAUCUUACUUUGCCAAAGAUCUUGAAGUUCCAUGAUCAUCUCCAGAUUAGAAAAAGACAUGUUAAAAACAACUGAUUAUAAUAAUCGUAAUUUGUAUGUUGUGGCAUGCACUGUGUGAAAAUAACUUUUGAUAAUAAAUUUCCUGUUCGUAUAAUCCA